AUGGGCUCUGCUAAUGCAGCAGCCAAUGAUGAUUCCGAGGAUGAUGCUGUGUUUGCAGUCAAUUGCAAGUCCUCCUACUCAAUCCCUAGUCUGCUCUCCACUGAAUCAUCAGAUGACAACAACAAAGAAUGGACAAACUUCAUCAGCACUAAUGAAGAUUGGUUCUUGGACAUAGAUAAAAAUGAUGUACCAUUAAUGAGUAAUUGGGAAACUGACAUAGCAGUCCCUAGCAGUGGAAAUGACACUGACUUAUCCAUUGAGAUCACUGCUGAAGUCAUUAAGGACCAUGGUAAUGGCACCACUGUCAAGCUCUAUGACUCUGGUAUGAUGAAACAUACCUCCCCAUACCACAACCAAUUCAGAACCUUGACACCCAUUCCACCAAAAAUGUUUGCUGCUGCAAACAAGCACUAUUUUGAUGCCACUGGCAUUGGGGAACUCAUUAUUGAGGUCCCAAAUGGUGUUGAUGUGUCCAAAUUGACACUCACUGAAGUUCCUUACUCUCCUGCUGUUGGCUAUACUCUCGUCUCAAUCAGCCGCCUCGACAAGCUCAGGUACUCCAUCACCUUUGCUGAUGGUACCUGUACCAUUUGA